CCACUGAAGCCAAGGCACGUGAAACUGCUGUCCACUAAAAUGGGCCUGAAAGUCACAUGGGACCCACCCAAAGAUGCUACCAGUAGACCCGUGGAGCAUUACAACAUUGCCUAUGGGAAGUCACUGAAAAGUCUUAAGUACAUCAAGGUGAAUGCGGAGACACACUCCUUCCUUAUUGAGGAUGUGGAGCCGGGGGUAGUGUACUUUGUGCUGGUUACUGCAGAAAACCACAGUGGAGUGAGCCGACCUGUUUACAGAGCGGAAAGCCUGCCCGGAGGUGAAUGGAUCAAGAUUGAUGGUUUUCCCAUUAAGGGUCCAGGACCAUUUAAUGAAACCGUCACAGAAAAGGAAGUGCCAAACAAGCCCCUGCGUGUCCGAGUCCGGCCCUCAGACGACCGGCUGUCCGUCGCGUGGAAGGCGCCACGCCUGUCUGGAGCCAAGAGUCCACGGAGAUCGCGGGGUUUUCUUCUGGGCUACGGGGAAAGUGGCCGGAAGAUGAAUUAUGUCCCGCUGACGAGAGAUGAGCGAACGCAUGAAAUUAAAAAGCUGGCCUCCGAGUCAGUGUACGUGGUCUCCCUGCAGUCCUUGAACUCGCGAGGGCGCAGCCAGCCAGUGUACAGGGCCGCCCUGACCAAGCGGAAAGUUUCAGAAGAGGACGAGCUGGAUUUACCCGAAGACAUCAAUGUCCGGGUCAUGUCGUCUCAGUCAGUGCUCGUAGCCUGGCUGGACCCUGUUUUGGAAAAACAGAAGAAAGCAGUCGCAUCGAGACAGUACACUGUUCGCUACCGAGAGAAGGGGGAAUUGGCCAGGUGGGAUUACAAGCAGAUCUCCCACAGGCGCGUGCUGAUCGAGAACCUGAUCCCGGACACCAUGUAUGAGUUUGCAGUGCGUAUUUCACAGGGGGAAAGAGACGGCAAAUGGAGUACGUCUGUCUUCCAAAGAACACCGGAGUCCGCUCCUACUACAGCGCCUGAAAACUUAAAUGUCUGGCCAGUCAAUGGCAAAACUACAGCUGUCACUGUAGCUUGGGACGCAUUGCCCGAGACGGAGGGGAAGGUGAAAGAAUACAUUCUUUCAUACGCCCCGGCUCUCAAGCCAUUUGGAGCCAAGUCCCUCACCUAUCCUGGAGAGACAACUUCUGCCCUAGUGGAUGGUCUGCAGCCUGGCGAACGCUAUCUUUUCAAAAUCCGGGCCUCAAACCGGAGAGGAAUGGGGCCUCACUCCAAAGCCUUCAUCGUCGCUAUGCCACCUUCCUCAUCAUCUCCAAAAGCUCCAGCUUCCUCAAAACACGCUCACUUGCCUGUUUCUCCCAGAGGCAGAAAUGUCAAGAACCUUCUUGACUUGAAGAACAAAAUCCCAGGGCACGGUGGGGUGCCCAGGAAACCCCAGCUUCACCCUAAGACCGAAGGGUUGGAACUUCAGUCCACAGAGCUCACGGAUCAGGAGGAGCUGGAUUCCCAAGGGGACCCACCAACAAUGCCCUCGGAGACCCAGGACCAGAAGCGACAGCAGAGGCCACCAAGCAGAUCUGUCCACCCCGUCCUUGCUUCGGGAAGGACUGCGGUGAGAGUGCGAACAUCAGCGCUGCCCCGAAAGGAAGGUGUAGAUAAGUCUGGCUCCUGGCUGCCUUCCCAGCCUCGUUUGGGGGCACCCUCCUGGGCCUCCGUCUCUUCUGCUCCCCAGACACCCACUGAGGGCAGCCCUCACCGCCCUGCCAACCUGCCUUCCAGCUCUGCUGACAAUGACUCGCUGGACCAAGAGGCGGAAGAGCCGGCUACAGGCUCCCUCCACGCCAAAGACACUACCCCCGAGCAUCUGCGUCCCAAGAGCGCAGCCCACGCUCGCCCGGCCGUGUGGCCCAGGCGCCAGGCAGCCUCCGGUGCCCUGCGCGACAGAAGCUCCGUGCACCAGGGCUCAAAAGCAGCCUUGCCGGCUCGGAGGGCACCCCAUUCAGAGGUUGGAGAGGAAAAUUCAAGUGCUUCAGCCCCACCCCUCAGGCUUUCUCCACCCCAUGGGGAGACACUACGGCUGCUGCCCACCGAACCACACCCCCGGGCUCCGCUCUCCAGGGGCUGGAAGGAGGGCCACCAUGUCCCAGCCGCCAAGGCCAAUGCGCCAUCGCACCCUACCAAGUCUUCCUCCGUCUCUUCACGACUCGCCCCAAGGACACAGGCCUCUGAGAGAGCGGAUACCUCUGAUGGCGAUGGUGACGAUGAUGCAGAGGAUGAAGAAAGGCGGGCCAAGGCCACUGCCCCCACGCUUCGCGCCCGGCUGCCCGCAGGUCCCCCGGUCUCUGGACAUUUCAGAAACAAGCCCUUUGCCGCCCACGGCAGGUACCCGAACAGACUUGGCAGUGGCCGAGGACCCAGGAUACAGCUCUCCAGCUCCGCGCCGUCCACCGCGUCCCCCCGAGUUCCCUCGAGGGGGAAUUCUCAGCCAGCGUCUGACCUUAGGCGUGGCGCGGGUAUCCAUGGGGAGGAGAUGGAGGCAGAAGACGAAGAGCCACUUCCUCCCACCGUGGGGAACCACCAUGUGCCUUCUUCCUCCUCCGCGCAGUCUGCCUCCCGCGGCGUGGACCCCCUGAAGAGAGGCCCCCAGAAAGGGACGGGUCUUCCGCGGAAAGAGUUCCUGGCGGAGAACCCCAAAUCCACCGAGACCUGGGCAGGUACACACCCCCAGGACAAGGCUCUGCCCUCUAAGGCGCAGGACGUACAACAGAGCACCCACGCGGCGGUGGAGGGGGAUUCUCCCAAAAGGCUUGUGUCCUCUGCUCGGCCACACAUGGCGCGGUCACAGCAUCACCCUGGGGCCAGCGCGCCCAAAAGGAAGUACGGGCACCCCCAGGCUGGGCGUCCCCACCCCGCGUCGCAGGAAAGCGCCUCCUUCUCCGACCCUGACGCAUCCAGAGGCGGUCAGUCCCCCAACCCGGCGAGCUCCAGAGGGGUGCCCCCCACAUCUCCCCAGAAUCAGAACGAGUAUUCCAAGAGCAGAUACGGUGGAAGCCACGAUGACAGCACAGAAACGGAGGCCCGAGGUGUCCGGGCCCCCUCACACUCAGCCCAGACCAAAGACGCCACCCCGUCCCUCCCCAAGCACCGCCAGGUGGAGGCGCCGGCAGGAAGCGCGGGGGACAGUCGCCUCCGCAGGCCCCCAGGCUCCUCCCUGAGGCCCGCUAGGCCCUAUGCCCACACCCGCACCAGGGUCCCGGGCAGAGCAGGGCCUCAGGUGGUGGGGAGGAAGGAUGGGGCGUCCCAGGCCACGCCAUCCAAGAGGGAGCCCCUGACGGCUAAAUCUCAGCAGUCGGUGUCAGCCGAGGAGGAGGAGGAAGAUGCCGGCUUUCUUAAAGGAGGGAAGGACGAGGACCCGCUGUCUCCCUCUGUUUCAAAGUGGCCGUCCUCCGUUCCGGGGGGCAGCAAACAUGCGGAGGAGACAGAGCCCGCCACAGUGCCUGUACCCCCCCGAGCCGGCGCCCCCCAGGCGGAGAACAGCACUCCCGCUCCCGUGCGGCGUCCCCCACCUCCGGGCAGCUCCGGGAGAGCCUCACACCUCCCGCCCAGGCAGCCCCCUCGCAGCUCUGCCACCCCCAGACCCCCCGGGGGCACCCCUGCCUGGCCUCAGGCCGCCACCCACGCCCCUCGCGUGCCUGUCUCCACCACCCCCAUGCUCUCUCUGCGCCAGCGCAUGAUGAUCUCCAGGUUCCGGAACCCCUUCUCACGCCAGCCUGUGAGACCCUCUUUCAGACAAGGUUAUAAUGGCAGACCAAGUGCAGAAGGGAAGGUACUUCCUGGCAGCAAUGGGAAACCGAGUGCACAAAGAAUUAUCAAUGGCCCUCAAGGAACAAAGUGGGUCGUGGAUCUUGGCCGUGGGUUGGUACUGAAUGCAGAAGGAAGGUAUCUGCAAGAUUCGCAUGGAAAUCCUCUUCGGGUCAAACUAGGAGGAGAUGGUCAAACCAUUGUGGAUCUGGGAGGGACCCCCGUCGUGAGCCCGGAUGGACUCCCUCUCUUCGGGCAAGGGCGGCACGGCAAACCGCUGGCCAGUGCCCAGGAUAAGCCCAUUUUGAGCCUCGGAGGGAAGCCCCUGGUGGGCUUGGAGGUCAUCAAAACCACCACCCGUGCCCCCACCACAACCCAGAGACCCGCCACCACCCCUCGGCGCAGCCUGACGACAGCGCGGCCCCUGACCACCACCCGCCGCACGACCUCCACCCUGCGCCCAACGACCACCACCCUGCGCCCAACGACCACUACCCUGCGCCCAACGACCACCGUCCGAACCACUACGCAGACCACCACCACCCCCGAGCCCACCACCGCCAUCCCCACCUGUCCCCCCGGAACCCUGGAGCGGCAUGACGAAGCCGGCAACCUGAUAAUGGGCUCAAGCGGGCUUCCGGAGUGCCACCCCGAGGAAGAUGAUUUCUCAGGAUCGGAGACCGACGUGACGACACCCACGGAAGAGCCGUACGUUGUCUACGAUGAAGAUUAUGAAUCUGAGACCUCGAGGCCACCGGCCACCAUCAAGACCACCACUGCCGCUGCCAUACCUGCCGUCAUCACACCAGAAAGCACCAUCAGUUCCUUUCCUGAAGAAGAAUUCGAUCUGGCUGGAAAGAAACGAUUUGUUGCUCCUCAUGUGACGUACCUAAGUAAAGACCCAUCAGCCCCAUGUUCACUGACCGAUGCUCUGGAUCACUUCCAAGUGGACAGCCUGGAUGAAAUCAUUCCAAGUGACAUGAGGAAGAGUGACCUACCUCCUCAGCACGCCCCCCGCAAUAUCACUGUGGUUGCCAUGGAAGGCUGCCACUCAUUUGUCAUUGUGGACUGGGACAAAGCUUCCCCAGGAGAUGUGGUAACAGGUUACUUGGUUUAUAGUGCAUCCUAUGAAGACUUCAUCAGGAACAAGUGGUCCACUCAAGCUUCAGCGGUAACCCAUCUGCCCAUUGAGAACCUGAAGCCAAACACAAGGUAUUAUUUUAAAGUUCAAGCCAAAAACCCUCAUGGCUAUGGACCUAUCAGCCCUUCAGUCUCGUUCAUUACAGAAUCAGACAAUCCUCUGCUUGUUGUGAGACCACCAGGUGGUGAGCCCAUCUGGAUCCCAUUUGCUUUCAAGCAUGACCCUGGCUACACGGACUGCCACGGCCGGCAGUAUGUGAAGCGGACGUGGUAUAAAAAGUUUGUGGGAGUCGUUCUGUGUAAUUCACUGCGGUAUAAGAUCUACCUCAGUGACAACCUGAAAGAUACAUUCUACAACAUUGGGGACAGCUGGGGAAGAGGCGAAGACCAUUGCCAAUUUGUGGAUUCACACCUUGAUGGAAGAACAGGGCCUCAGUCCUAUAUAGAAGCCCUUCCUAACAUUCAAGGCUACUACCGCCAGUACCGCCAGGAGCCCGUCAGCUUCGGCAGCAUCGGCUUUGGGACCCCCUACUACUACGUGGGCUGGUAUGAGUGUGGGGUCUCCAUUCCGGGGAAGUGGUAA